AGUCAUCAUCAUGCCCUCGCACUGUAACUCCCUUAUUCAUUCCAUGCAUUUCUCUAAUUUUCAAAUUCAAAUGGUCAUUUCCCUCUUCCAAUUCAACCUCUCUCUCUCCCCCUUUCAAACUACUGUUACAGAAGCAUAGCAAAGACAGCAAGGAAGAUAAAAAAGGACAAAAAGAAUGUCCACGCCGUGGACACUUACAAGGUUCGUUAGAUGGAGAGUAAGGGAUUGGGCUUCAUGUUUCUUGGCUUGCCGGUUCCCUUUAGAAGAAGAAUCAGAGACACAUCGCUCUUCAUCGCCUCAACUGCCAAUCAGAAACACGGUUUUCGAAACCAAGGAACACACCGGAGAUAAGAAGAGUAACAAAAGACUGUCACGGCAAAACAGAUGCACCAAGGAUAGACAGCUAGACCUGAGUCCAGCAGUGCCUAGGAAUACUGCUUCAGUAGAAAAUGGGAGUGACAACUCAAGCUGGGCACGUUUUUCUGAUGAAGAAUAUAUAGUCUUCUGCUUUAGAGAAGAUGGAGCCUUUGAUGUUGUGAAGGAUAGCAAAUCCGAAGAUUCCAAUCACUCGAGUAGAAGUUCAUGGCCUGUUAAUCGAAAGCUUAAUUAUGCUGAGGAUGCAGAAAGAGAUAAGCAAAGCAGCGAUGAGGGAAGAUCAAAUGAAGAUGGAAAAGAGGAAGAGAUCAUUCCUGCUAUAGAGGGUGAUGGAGAAGGGAGCAGCAUCUGCUUGGAGGUAGAGUUAGCUUCAGGUAGCAUAAGGAGAAGACAUUACCAGGUAGAGGAGACACUUAACCGCGGGAUGGUUUCUGUUGAAUCAAGUGACUCGAACCAAUCUGAUGGCAGCACGGGAUCAUUUGCCUUUCCUGUGCUGGGAUGGGAGUGGAUGGGAAGUCCAGUGCAAAUGCCGAAAUCUGAUGGCAGGAACCCAAGGAAGAACAAGGCCCUCUCUGUGCGUUUCCAAUGUUUCAGAUUCUGAUGGUCCUUGUGUCUUGUCUCAAUUUAUGAAGAUAGUAGCCAUGUUUAUCAUUCUUUUAAUAACAACUGCAUCUGA